CCUCCCUGCCUGCUGCCUGCCUGCCGCCGUCUCCCUCUCCCAGCCGGCUGGGUGCUGAAGUUGGGCGGAUGGCAGCAAACCCGCUCUGCUAGGGACGAGCCGCACCAGCCCUUCCCGGGAUCGCUCAGCGCCAACUGCACGCAGCCGGGCGGGGGUGGCCACUUGGGCACUGAAGUAGCUGAAAUGAGAAAGAGGCAGCAGUCACAAAAUGAAGGAACAUCAGCUGUGUCUCAAGCACCUGGAAACCAAAGGCCCAACAACACAUGUUGCUUUUGUUGGUGCUGUUGCUGCAGCUGUUCAUGCCUCACUGUUAGGAAUGAAGAUAGAGGAGACAAUGCAGGAAGGCCAACACAUACGACCAAAAUGGAGAGUAUUCAAGUAAUAGAAGAAUGCCAAAACCCUACUGCAGAUGAAAUUUUGUCUUGGGCUCAGAAUUUUGACAAGAUGAUGAAAACACCAGCUGGGAGGAACCUUUUCAGAGAGUUUCUUCGAACAGAGUACAGUGAGGAGAACCUGCUUUUCUGGCUUGCGUGUGAAGAUCUAAAGAAGGAGCAGAACAAGAAAGUUAUUGAAGAAAAAGCAAGACUUAUAUAUGAAGAUUACAUUUCUAUAUUAUCACCAAAAGAGGUUAGUCUUGAUUCCCGAGUGAGAGAAGUAAUCAACAGAAACUUGUUGGAUCCUAGCCCUCACAUGUAUGAAGAUGCCCAACUCCAGAUAUACACCUUAAUGCACAGAGACUCUUUUCCAAGGUUUUUGAACUCUCAAAUUUAUAAGUCUCUUGUUGAAAGUAUUACAGGCUCUACUUCAGAAACUUAAUUUUCAAACAAAAUAACUUGAUUUUUUUUUUGGUGGGUGGGAUGGAAGAGAAGUAGUUUAAUAACAUCUGGAGCUGGGUUCCUGGAGAACUACAGUUUAGCACUACUCAGGCUACUGUGAAGAAAAUAAAUUCCUAUUAUGAUCUCUGUCUACAUUUUUACCAAGGUCCUCCUUGCUCGAGAUGGCGUAGGAGAACAAUGGAUUUGCCAAAAUGCAUUUGUUUCACACUCCUUUCACCCUACUGCAGUCAAGAUUGCAAUGAUGUAUUUGUAGUUUUAUGAACAAUCUCCUUGUGUAUCCUCACACUGCAUGUGCAAGGUAAAACUGCUUCACUUAUCACUUAGUUGUUGCAAUAUUUAAUCCAAUAACAUAAAUUAUAUCUGUAUUUAAGAACUUUUUUUGUGCAAUACAGUCUUACGGUACAUAGAACCAAUUGCAACAAACCAGAAAGAGGCUUGCAUUUUUAACAUCAGUAACUGAAAAAAGCCAAUUUUUAAGGUGUAGCAUUACUCAACAUGCUCUACUGAGUACAAAACACUGACUUUUUGAAGCCAAUAUUUCUGUACAGGAAAAAAAAAAAAAAAAAAAGAGCUAUUUAUCACUGUUUAUUUAAAAUAAAUCAAGCGGAGGAUUCCUCUGGUUGUUCACUGCCAAAACUGUGGCAUUUUCAUUACAGAGUUUGCAAUGUCAAAAAAAAAGAAAAGAAGAAAAAAGAGGAGAAAAAAAAGCACAAACCACUUAAAGGGAUCCAUAUCUGGGUGACACAAUCUAUGCGCUGAUAUUGUUUAAUUGUUAAAAGAACAAAGAUUUUCAAUGUACAUUUCAGAUGUCAGAUACUGUAAUGGAUUUAUUAAAGACUGGCUAUCCAGUUCUAACACUGUUGUAUAAUGUUAUGUACUUCAGCAAAAAAAAACCACAAAACCAACAAAAAAAACAAACAAACGCCUGAUAAUUUAGUUUUUUUAAUAAAGAAAUUUAAUAAAAGAUUGCCUACAUGUAGCAUUUUAGAGCAUUUUAGAACAUUUUAAUGAAUUACAUCUGUCCUGUAAGAUUUUUUUUCUUGAAAGCUAAAUCCAGUAAAAAUGUUUUUAAAGUAAUGUUUUACGAGCUGAUGGAUUAAAGAAGAUUUAUCUUAGCUUCUAGCCUCAAAGAUUUUGAGUAACUCCUUGAAAACAAGGGUUUGGAGAAUAAUACUAAACCAAACUUCAAGGGCUCCUGAACUUAAGAGUCUUUACCCAAGGAAAAAGCCUAUGGAUAAGCAACAGGCAUCUUUCCUGGGUAAAAAAUCCUGUACUGAGCCCUCAAUCAGAGCUAAGGCAGCACAGUACUCCCACCACUUGCCUGCCAUGGUGUUUUUAAUAGGUGUUUGCUUGGCCUUUUUAUCAAAAAAUGUCCAAUUUUAGGAUGCAUUUUUAUGUUUAAAGAGACAGUGACUCGCAACUUAAAAAACCCCAUCUUCAUACCUACCAUAUACAAGCAAAAUGAGCAUUAGCAUCCCUCUCAAACUGCUAAAGAUAUACCAAGAAAUGGCUUUGAAUACUUGUUAAAUAUAUAUAUAUGUAUGUAUGUGUAUACAUAUAUAUUUAAUAUUGACAACUCUGGUCUUAUACUAAGACUUUAGAGGCAAGGUUCUUCUCACUUACACCAAGCAUAUCAUAAGCCCGUUGCUUUCGAUGGGAUGGGAAGGUCCAGAAGUUGUGUCCUUGGGUGGAAUCUAGCCCCAGCACAGGUGGCUCCAACCACCCAGUUACCACUUGCAGGCAGCCUUUGGUGCCAGCUCUGGCUGGAGCCACUGCCACCGCUGAGGCGGCUCUGCUGCUCUACAAUAACUGGUAGGAUGCAGGUCUUAGUUUAUCUUCUGGGGCUUAUUUUUUUCCUUUGUUUUACUACCUCUCAUUUUUUUAAUUUAUUGAACAUGCUUCAAAUAGCAGGUCUGGGGAAUUUUUUAAUCAUUCUUUUUACUUGAAACCUGUGUGCUUUUUUUGGAGAUAUAUAUACAAACAACUUAAUGAACUGUUUCUUAAACUCAUUUGGUUUUGUAAUUUAUAUAGAAUUCAGGAGAUGAUUAAAAGGGCUAUUCUCUAUUCCCUAUGCAAAUAUUUUAAGUGUUGUAGUGUUUGACAAAAUGGGAUCUAAAAGAAAAAAAAUUGCAAAGUGGAAAACAAAUCUGUUUACAGUGGCGUUGCUGACUAUCCUACCAUAUUCAGCACUUUUAAAUAUUGUUAUUUAUGAAAAUGUAGUUUAAAAUGCAAGACAAAAUAUUUAUAAAUGUUUCUUUUAAUAAAUACUUGUUUUGUCUGAAAGUGAUAUUGUGUUAUGACAACUUUAUUCAUGUUGGUUAGAUACUUACCAUUAUGAAUAAAAUAUUCAAUUAUUAUACUGA